AUGACGCCAAACUUUGGGCAAGUCAUGCCGCUUCUUCUACUCUUAUUGCCGAUGCUGAGCGCUCUAGAAAUAUCAGCAGAUAUGAAAGAGCUGAGAGAAAUACCUGACUCGGGUCCCCGGCAACAACCCGGCAAUGAGUCGGCGGACGACAGUCUAGCUAAUGGACACUCUUCUGAAAGGGGUACUCUGAAAUCUAUCUCAUCGAUAAUAUCUAGUUUCUGCAGUACCUCCACGGGGGAUAGCGACGAACCUCGAGCCUUUGGUGCCAGGUCGAACACAGCAAUUAUAGAGGCCGGUCUAGCUCAAUCCCUUCCCAUGGUGUUCUCCGAUGAGUUCAAGAGUGAAUUGGGCAUAGACAUAAACGUAUUUGGUAUCGCCAUGCGGAGGAAGAUAUGUUGCUAUGCCGCUUUGCUGUGGAUCGGUCUUCUCUUCGUCGUGAGCCAGUUUGCCGCGAUCAUCACGGCUGGAAUCGAUACCAAACUGUCAGAUAUCCGACUGCAAAGCUUCCCGGUUGGGAAACUGGCCACGAUCGGGUUCAGCUUGUUGGCGGUUGCCGUCGUCCCCGCCCAGAUAUUCAUGUCGUAUGUGUUGCCCACGUUUCAGAGCAGAAGGAUAUUGAAGAGAGAACGGAUCAUCGCUGCGGACCAAACAACAGCAAUUCCGAAUGCACAAAAUGCACCUGGUGGUGAAACUGGAUUAUGGAUCUUUUCAAGACAGAGAAAACAUGGAUGA